AUGUAUAUAUUGAGAAGAAAUGGCCAACGAUUUGCUCUUACUCCAAGAGGCUCACUUCCUUCUGGAGAUUAUUAUCACAGAGCUACUCUAGACUCUGAUGGGGUUUUUCGUCAAUAUUACUUCCUCAAGAAUCCCACCUCCAAUACAACUUGGAAAGUUAUAUGGUUCGUGCCAGAUAACAUAUGUGCGGAUAUAAAUGAUGCUUCGAACACUGGAGCUUGUGGGUUUAACAACGUUUGCAGUUUUGAUGGUAACCAGCCAAACUGUGAAUGCCCAAAGGGUUUCUCAUUGGUUGAUCCAAAUAAUCCAAGUGGUGAUUGCAAGCCUGAUUUCACUCCAACAUGUGAUGAAGUUGACUCCAAUAAUGGGCGAGGCAUGUUUGAUUUCAUCGAGCUCCAAAAUAUUGAUUGGCCAUUUUCAGACUAUGUGCACAUGAACCCAAGUAAUGAAAACACCUGUAAAAGUUCCUGCUUGGAAGAUUGUUUCUGUGCUGUUGCAAUAUAUAGGGACACCCAAUGUUGGAAGAAGAAGCUUCCACUUUCUAACGGGAGGAAGGUUGCUUCAGCUAAUGUGAGGGCGUUCGUGAAAUACCAGAUUGGUGAUCAUCCUCUUCAAAACUCUACUCGGCUUCCGGGAGAAAAUAAAGAUCGAAAAAAUCUGAUAGUUGUAGGAUCCGCUCUCUUAGGUACUUCUGUAUUUGUUAUCUUUGUAUUGAUUGGUGUGAUUUGUGUCGGUUUCUUUGUAAUAUACAAGAAGAAGCCAAGAAAUUCGUAUCCAAUUAGGAAAGCUGUUGAAAGCAAUCUACCUCGUUUUACGUAUCAAGAAUUAGUUGAAGCUACUGAUGGGUUCAAGGAUGAACUGGGAAAGGGGGCGUUCGGGAUAGUCUAUAAAGGUGUGAUAGGGAAAAAGACUGUCGCUGUGAAGAAGUUGAAUACAGUGGUUCAUAAUGGUGAAAAGGAAUUCAAAACCGAGGUUGACACCAUUGCAAAAACUCAUCAUAAAAAUUUGGUGCAGCUUCUUGGUUAUUGUGAUGAUGGUGAGCAGCGCCUAUUGGUUUAUGAGUACAUGAGCAAUGGCACUUUGGCAAUGUUCCUUUUCGGGGACGCAAGACCUACAUGGAGACAGAGGAGUUAUAUUGCUGUUGGGAUUGCUAAGGGACUCGCAUACCUUCAUGAAGAGUGUAGCACCCAGAUCAUUCACUGUGACAUAAAGCCUCAGAAUAUACUUCUUGAUGACUACUUCAAUGCUAAGAUUUCUGACUUUGGAUUGGCGAAGCUGUUGAUGAUGAAUCAAAGUCAUACAAACACUGGAAUAAGAGGAACAAAAGGUUAUGUUGCUCCUGAAUGGUUUAGGAACACUCCUGUCACAGUAAAGGUUGAUGUGUACAGCUUUGGUGUGUUGCUGCUAGAGAUCAUUUCAUGCCGAAAGAGCUUGGUUUACGAGAGUGGUGAGAAAGGGGUGGCGGUUUUAACUGAUCUUGCCUGGGAUUGCUAUCAAGAAGGUCGACUGGAUACAUUUGUUGAGAACGAUCUGGAAGCAUUUGAUGACUACAAGAAACUUGCAACUUUUGUCAUGGUUGGCCUUUGGUGUGUACAAGAGAACUCAUCCUUGAGGCCAACCAUGAGGAAGGUGAUCCAGAUGCUUGAAGGAGGAAUUGAGGUGGCAGAACCUCCAUGUCCAUGCUCUGUCUCUGUUACCAAUUACUGA